AACAAAACUCCGCCGUUGCUCUCUCCACCUCUGUUCGUUCGUGACUUGCAAACUCAAACCUUGGUAAUCUCCGCGCCGCAAAAGAAAACCCUAGCCGCCGCCAUGGCCUUCCUCGCCGGCGCAGCCUCCAUCCGCAGCCCCUUCGCCCUCGUCUCCUCCUCCCGGCGCCGGUACGAUCUACCCACGGCCGUGAAGGCCACCACCAAUUCGAAUUCGGUUCCUCCCCACCCAAUCAUCUCCUCCCUCCGCCUCGCCGCCUCCGCCGCGGUCCUCCUCGCGGCUACCUCACCGGCCAUCGCGUGCACACCGUCCCCGCCUCCGCCCCCCGCGCUCACCGUCACGGUCUCACCCGAGGACGCCAUCCAGGACGACUCCCACCCCUUCGAGAAGCUCAUCGUCGAGACCGCCGCCCUCUCCCGUUUCGGCGGCGCGGAGGCCGCGCGGGCCCGCCUCUCUGCCGCCGGAGGCGGCGAGCAACAUGCCCGGCUCCUCGCGGCGCAGUCGCUCUUCGUGGACGGCAAGGCCGACGAGGCGAUCGCCGCCUUCGAGGAGCUCGCGCGGGAGGACCCCGGCGACUACCGCCCCCUGUUCUGCCAGUACGUCCUGUACUCUGUUCUGGGCAGGGCGGCGGAGUCGGAGUCGAUGCUCGAGCGCUGCCAGGCGAUCGCCGGCGACAAAUUAAGCGCCAAUUUGACAAUGCCGAUCUCGGCGACCAAGGAGGUGGAAGCAGGAGAGGAGGCAGAUGCUGAGCCCGUGACAGAGAAGACGGAAACAGAGGCGGAGGGGGAGAAGCUGUGAGUGCAGUGGAUUUGGAAUCGCCAAAUAAGAGCACAUGGCUGGUAAUUCCCUCUGCUCGUGAUGGCCGGCGACAAAUUCAGCGCCAAUUUAACAAUGCCGAUCGGGAGAGUCUGUGACAGAGAAGAUGGAAACAGAGGCGGAGGGGAAGAAAAUGUGAGUGCAGUGGAUUCGGAAUCACCAAAUAAGGUAGGCAUUUGGUCCCUUCUGUUGAAUUGAAGGAGAAAUAUAGGAUGGAACACCAUGAUGCUCUCAUGGUACAAUAGAAUCAUACAAACAGAGAGAAAUUCGAAACGGCAAUUCCUGUUUUGCAGUUCUGAUAUGCAGGCUAAGAAUUAUGCAAUUUACAUGGUCUGAGAAUAAGUUGAAACGAUCAUGGCAAGGUGAUCCAUUUUGAGAGUGUUGAUAAGUACAGUCUAUGCUUAUGCUGCACAGUGCACACCACUAAUUUGUGGAAUGGGUACAUUGCUUCAUUUACUUGUUCUCUUGCAUCAUGAUGAAACUGCUGGAGUAUAAUGUCAGAGAGUGAAAUAGCAAAUGGUCACCUAGGUAGUGGGCUUUUCGAGCAGCGCUGAGAGGUACCACUCGUUCAUCUCGAUCCCUCGGUCCAGCUUCCGUCUC